AUGCCGCUCAGCCAGGUGGACAUUUCUGGGAGGGCGUCCCUCGGGGGCGUGCCCGUCCAUCAUCCAAGGGCGACGGGACUUCGGCGUGUGGAUCGUCGCAGCGCAGUGGCUGUCCGUGCGGAGGCCAAGGACCUCGUUUUCGACAGUGAUGCGCGCCGCAAGCUGCAGGAGGGGAUCAACAAGGUGGCGGACGCGGUGGCUGUCACACUGGGGCCGAGAGGUCGCAACGUCGUUUUGGAGCAAGCUUACGGCAUGCCGCAGGUUAUAAAUGAUGGUGUCACGAUUGCAAGGGGAAUCGAGCUGGAAGAUGCCCUGGAGAAUGCAGGCGCCCAACUAGUCAAAGAGGUUGCAGGAAGGACAAACGAUGCUGCAGGCGAUGGUACGACCACAGCUGCUUUGCUGUCCAGAGAAAUGAUCCACUAUGGACUUCAGGCGGUAACAGCGGGGGCCAAUCCCAUCAACAUUAAGAAAGGCAUUGACAAAACGGUGGAAUUUCUCACUGAAAAGCUCAGGGAAAAUGCCAAGGCAGUGGAGGGGCGCGAUGACAUCAAGAAUGUGGCCGCAAUUUCUGCAGGAAACGAUGCAUCCAUUGGGGAGAUGAUUGCACAGGCUGUGGACAAAGUUGGUGCUGAUGGUGUCCUCUCGAUCGAGACGUCAAACACCAUGGAGACCUCUGUUGAGGUCCAGGAGGGGAUGGAAAUCGACAGGGGCUACAUCAGCCCCCAGUUCAUCACCAACAACGAACGCAUGGUUUGUGAAUUUGACAACUGUAGAGUGCUCAUCACCGACUUGAAGAUCGAAAGUGCUCGGACGUUGAUCGGCAUCCUGGAGCAGGUGAUGAAAGUAAACCAGCCAGUGUUCAUAAUAGCUGAGGACAUCACCGGUGAGGCUUUGGCCACUCUGGUCGUCAACAAAAUGAGGGGCGUGGUCAAUGUGUGUGCGAUCAAGGCACCAAGUUUUGGAGAGCGGCGAAAGUCUCUGCUUCAGGACGUUGCCAUCGUCACGGGUGCUGAGUUCAUUGCCAAGGAUCUUGGCAUGACCGUUGAGAAUGCAACCCUAGAGCAGCUGGGCACUGCCAGGAAGGUCACUGUUAAGAGCACGACAUGCACAAUUAUUGCCGAAUCGGCUUCCCGUGAGGAUAUUGAGAUGCGGCUUGGACAGCUGAAGAAGGAGCUGGCCGAGACUGAUAGUACGUACGAUACAGAGAAACUGGCAGAGCGCAUCGCCAAAUUGUCUGGAGGCGUUGCUGUCAUCAAGGUGGGUGCUGCAACAGAGACUGAACUUGAGGACAGGAAGCUGCGGGUGGAGGACGCCAAGAAUGCAACCUUUGCUGCUGUUGAAGAGGGCAUUGUACCCGGUGGUGGCGCCGCUCAUCUGCACAUUUCGGAGCUGGUGCCCAGCUUCAAGGAAACACUCGAUGAUGAGGAGGAAAAACAAGGUGCGGACAUUGUGAUGAAGUCUCUUUCCGCCCCUCUCCGGCAGCUGGCCGAGAAUGCAGGUGUCGAGGGAGAGGUCGUUGUGGACAAGGUGCUGGGCCAGCCGUUCGCCUAUGGGUAUGAUGCCAUGGACGGCCAGUACAAGAACCUUGUCGAGGCUGGCAUCAUAGACCCAGCGAAGGUGACCCUCAGUGGUCUUCGGAAUGCAGCAGGAAUUGCAGGGAUAAUGUUGACGACACAAGCUGUGCUGGUUGAGAAGAAGGGUGCAGAGAAACAGCCAGGUCCUGGCGCCAUGGGACCCGAAGGCAUGCCUGCUGGCAUGACGAUCUGA